AUAACCAAAGUGAAGCCAUUAGAAAUUCAGCUGUAAGACAAAGGUAUCGCCUCGCCGUAAGUCUGAAGGACCCUAUCGCUUCGUUGCACGAUGUAUAUAUUAAAGACCUUCUCGGAUUUCUCUAGUCGUCACUAGCAAGCAAUUUGGAGGGUGCGCUAUUUUGGGAGCAUUUUGGUGCUGCAGAUGCGGACGCUAACGCAGCGAGAAUGUUAAAAGAUUGAGCUGCUGGUGACUCAGCUAUCUCUACUUGGUCGCUGUGUUAUAAUCACGCCGGAUUACUUUCCUCCUUUGGAACCGACCCUUCGUACUUUCAGUAUCUGGAUCCAUCGGCUUUCUCUCCCGCUGUCACUGUUAGCCUAGCACGGAUCUCCAGGCGCUCCCCACCUCCCGCUCCCGCUCCCCCCUCCCCCGCCGUAACCUCGGAGGAGUAUGGGUAGAAAGCGAGGCUUCGCGGAAGCGCCGGCGGAUUCCAAGAUGGCGGCGGGGUGCUGCGGAGUGAAGAAGCAGAAGCUGUCGAGUUGUUCGUCCUCUUCCACCUCGUCCAACAACUCCAACGAGAACCACUGCAAGGAGGUGACCCGCGCCAACGGCUUCAGCGGCUGCCCCGGUGGCAGGAGCAUGGUGGUCAACUCGGAGAUGUGCUGCUUCUGCUUCGACGUCCUGUAUUGCCAUCUGUACGGAUAUCAGCCGCCCCGGAGCCCACGAUUCACCAACGACCCAUACCCAUUAUUUGUGACAUGGAAGAUUGGCCGUGAUAAGCGGUUGCGAGGAUGCAUAGGUACAUUUUCUGCCAUGAACUUGCAUUCAGGACUCAGGGAGUACACUCUUACCAGUGCCCUUAAAGACAGUCGCUUUCCCCCAAUGACAAGGGAAGAGUUACCGCGACUUUUUUGCUCGGUGUCUCUUCUUACCAAUUUUGAAGAUGUUGGGGAUUACUUAGAUUGGGAGGUGGGUGUACAUGGCAUUAGAAUAGAAUUCAUCAAUGAAAAAGGAUCAAAACGCACCGCCACAUACCUGCCGGAGGUUGCGAAGGAGCAAGGUUGGGACCAUAUUCAAACUAUAGAUUCCUUGUUACGAAAGGGUGGCUACAAAGCUCCUAUCUCUAAUGACUUCAGGAAGACCAUUAAACUGACCAGGUACCAUAGUGAAAAGAUGACACUGAGUUACUCAGAGUAUCUAGCUCACCGUCAGCAUCACCACUACCAGAAUGGCAUUGCACACCCUCUACCACCAUACAACCAUUAUUCCUGACAAUGACUUGCAUGACCAGUCACUUGAUCUUUCAGCGGACCUCUUCCCCGGGGACCCUUCCCCUUCCUGGUCUAGCUAUCUCUAUUACUGUACCAUUUUAUGAUGAUAGUUUCCGUUGCCAUAGUGACAUGCAGCUGUUUUGUUGAUGUCAAUUUGGCAACGGGUGGUAACGCCUCAUAAUUAUGAAUCAUUGUAUUUUUGUUCAGAACACUUUUUAAAAACAAAUUCCAAUGAAAUUGUCACAUUUUGCUUUUUGCAUUCCCAAAAUUUCUUAAAUCUGUGGAUGAAUGGAAGGAGAGUUGAGAUGAUAUGGCCAGUCUGUCUGAGUUCUAAAUUACAAGAACAGGACUUUUCAGGUUAUAUCUUUGUUCUUGGGCUACAUUUCUUCAGUGAGCAGAUAAAACUCCUUAGUUUUCUUUAAGGUUGAUUCAGAUGCUCUAAAUGAGUUUAAGAAAAUCAUUAUAGCAUUGCUGCUUUUGAUUUGCAUCAAAUUCCUUAUACUAAUCAUUUUAGUAUAAAACAUUUUUUUUUAAAUUUGGGUUUAAAAUGCAGCCUUCAAAUGGCAAUUAGGAAACAUAUUGGAUAGGUAGUGCUAAAUGCGUGUGAGAGUAUCAGCUGCUUGUGCUCAGCUUUGCACGUUGGUUCUAUUAGUCAACAAAACCAAAUGUGUAUGCUGAGUACAACUGGAAGCCAGUACUCUUGUGUUUAAUGCCAGUGACCAGAUUAAUUUCUCCCUAGCUAGAUAAGAAAGGGCUAAAUUGAAUUGCUUAAAUAUCAUAUCAUAUACUUGUGUAUGUGUAGAGUGCUCAUGAUAAAAAUGUUCCUCAAAACUAUCCAUGGUUCAAUAUCUAUUGGGUAUACUUGCCAGAUAGAGAGUAAUCAGAAGAUGCUUCAUAUCCACCUACUUUUGAAUAUAAAUAUUCCUCAGUUUUAUUUUCCCUUGUGGGGAAAGUUAACUGUUUUUAGUAUAUCAUGGGGCUGGUGCAGAAUUAUCUAUGAAUUUUUUCCUUAAAAAAGGAACUCUGAAUUGAAAUUUACUGUAAUUUGGUUUAUGGUUUAAAAAGUGUGAUUAUGCAUCGCUAGCAUAACAUUGUGAAAGCAUUCUUGUAAUUUGGGUCUCCAUUCUCUUGCUGUUUCUUUCCCUCCUUCAGGAAUAAGGGGAAGAUACCAUGUGGUUAAUGUUUUUAUUGGAUAAAUUUACUACCACCAGAGACCAUCUAUUAUGUAUUAGGUACUCCCUUUGGAGUAACUCCGUUUUUUUUCUCUGUUGAAUUACUGAUUAUAAUAUCUUGUUUUGGAGUUUCUUUACUCGCAAACAAAUAUACCCAAUACGUGCAUCUAAAAUAUCACAAAACUUCUGAACUAUAUAUCACCCUUUGUUCAUUUUGGUUUGGCAGUGUAGCAAAGUGGUAAACUUUCUCCUUCAAAACAUAAAUUUACAGCUUGGUUUCUGACUUAAAUAGCAGAGAAAAUUGACUUGUGUGGAUUUGCUUCUAGGAAAAUAUAAACAUUGAUUUAGCCUUUUCCAAUAAUUAGCCAGGCUGUGACGAUUCGUUGGUUCUAGGACAUGUAAUCUUUGAGUAAAACAAACAUGGUUUGAGUUGAGUUUAAUUAUAGGUAAUUGACUAACAAUUUUUUGUUUACUAUGUUCAGAACUCCAAUAAUUGCAUUAGUCAGUGUGAGCAUUAGUAAUUAUACUGGAAAGGAGAGAAUUAAGACUAAGUGACUGGGCUGUCAUGGUGCUAUAACUCAGGGAAGCAUUAAAAUGCACAGUAUUUUAUGCAACCUGAGGCUGCCAACACAUUUUGUAAAAAGAUUUUGCUCAGGCACUUAUGGUCAGUGUUAGAUGCUUAAAUUAACAGUUUAUUAUGUUGUUGCAAAUUUUCUGAUUAAGGUGAACCAGAUAUGACUGGAUGCAAAAUAAAAGCAGGAAAUGUUUGUAGUACUUUCCAUUUUCUGCUUUUUAUUUCGGAUUUCCAGCUUUUGGAUAAGCAGAUAUGGGUUAUUUUAAAUGCCUGUUCUCAAAAAUGGGCAAUUUCAAACAGGUUACGUGUAUGAAAUUUAACAACAUAGUAUUACUUGCUAAGCCUUAUGUUUGUCUGCUCUCCUUUUAAGAAAAUAAAAAUGAAUUUGUAUCACUUCAGGGAAAAAGGGUGCAGACAACUAUCUAAAUUAAGAGUUUAGAUCUGGCAUAAAUGGGAUUAUUAUUGGUACCAAAGGACAUGUUUCUUUCUCUUAGCCUGAAAGGUUAGAUUAGAUUUUCAUUAAAGCAUGAUUGAAACAAAUCAAAUUGAGGACCACAACUGUAGGAAUUCUUCAUAAGUCUUUAAAAUUUUAGCCUUCGAUAUGACUAUCUUUUUUAAGAUCCUUAUUAUACUCCAGAAUUAUAUAUUUGAGCCUUAAAGUCAAAUAUGACUUUUUUGAAAAGUUUUUAAGAUUUGGCUUUAUCAUUGAAGAUCAACUAAGCUUCAAAGACCCUAUUGUAAAAACUGUCUCCAUCUGAUUUCACCUUUGAUAGCAGUUGAAGUAAACCAUGAAUUCUGCUUUUGAAAAUCCCAGUGGGCAGCUUAAAUAAAGUUUUUCAGACAUUAAACGGUAGGACUUUCAGACAGUGAAAGAACUUUUGUCGUUAUGCUGCGAAAGAGAGUUCAGUGUGUUAAGUUGUAGUUUUAGUUGACUCCUUCCAUUAGUCACAAUGAAAGAAUUUUAAGGGUUGUGCAUCCACAGUAACUCCAAAAGCAAUUGUUUAAAUUUCACUUGUGUUGCCUUAAUUUUGACACAAAUAGCACAAAACUGAACAAUCUUGUUGGCUGCCAAGUGGAAUUUAGUUGACUGAAUUUCUCUAAACAUCAUGUCUUUCAUCUCGGCAUGCUCAUCCUUUCCCUGAGCUCACCACUAGUUGCGGGGAGUGGGUGAAGGAGGGGAGGGUGGGGGAGGGGGGAGAAAAAUGGUGCUAUAUGACUCUGAAUAGGUCACGUGACUGGUCAUGCUGACUCCGAAAUCAUAUCGGAAUAAUCUUGAUAUAUGCAGAUAUUAUACAAAACUUUAUUACCAGUGUAAUAAUGAUGAAAACAAAUAUAUAAAAUCCUGCAGCCUUGUAAGGACGAGGUCAGCAAUACUUCCCUGCAUGGCGUGGUGGAAUGGGACAUAUCUCGUCGUGUGUAGCUAUAGAAGCAUGACAGUAUGUCCAUGCUGGUCAAUUUUUUCCUUUGAGAAAAUGAAUAAACUGAAGCAUUAGAUAUUUAAUAUUUUUAUGGGGCUGUUACAUUAAAUGCCACCUCUUAAACAUGUUCACUUUUUAUAUACUGUUGUGCAGUAGAGGUUACAUCGUGUUGUCGUUCAGACUGAACCAAAGAUGCCUCCAGCCAUGAUCUAAUGCUGCUGUGAAUUAAGCCUGCUUUCCAGUCCUUCAAGGCUACUGCAGGAAAUUUUAAUAAUUUGUUUUUUAUUUUUGUACAAUUUGUAACUGGUUUUGCUAGUAGUAUUGAUUCAAUUAAGUUUAAUUUGAAGAUUCUCACUGAGCACUGUUGAACAUUGAUGACUGGUAACUUUGCCAUGCAGUGGCUGUAUCGAAGAAGCCCACUUGUGUGCCUCUCAGACCUAAGGGUUUCUUUAAUCUGUAUCUUAGAGACCAGCAGGAAAUCUUUAUACAAAGAUGUGUUUAAUUAUUUUUGCCAUUGUUGUUUGAACUCUUGUUUCUUAAUUUUACUCUAGACCCAGUAACUACACUGGUUGUCAAUCGCACUGAGAGAGCGAGAGAGUUGUUUCAAACUUUUCUAACACAUGUAUGACAGUUUUUGUACAUUGAAGUCAAUUCUUUUCAGAAUUUUUGGAUCUAGUUUCUAAGUUAUUUUAGUGGUUUUUUUUAUAUGUUAAAGAUGAAAUGAGUUAACACUGUCACCAGCAGACUGAUUUACCUACUGAUGAUACAGUGAUGCUGGGAUAACAGCUACCUGGUGUAGCUUGUACCCAAAAAUGUUUUCAUUGUUAGUAAUUGUUGAAUAAUGGCACCACAGUAUAUGUGAAGAAUUCCCUUUCAUUAUGACUAGAUCCUCUUCCACAUUUAAAAUUUUACAAUUACUAUUAGUGUUAUGAUUGUUGAAAUGGGCAUUUAUAGUAUGGUUGUAAGUCAGUGUGGGGGGGGGGACUUUAUUAUAAAAUGAUCAGUGGGUCUGUGAGACAUGGAUUGUGGAACAAUGUAGUAGUUUUAACACUAUUGUUACAUUUUAAACCAUUUACCCAAUAAAAUAUUAAUAAUUAAUUGGUCUCAUGUUGGUACACAGGAAAUGAGUGUUUCACGUGCCUAUGUAUAUUGUACUAGUUAUGGACAGAUUCAAGAAAAAUCUCACAAUAUUGUGGGUUUAGAAGGUUAGAAAUGCAAUUUUUGAUGGAAUGGAAUUUAUUUUUAAAUGCUAUACAAUAGGUGAUGGUGGAGGUAGCAGGCACUGAAGUUAUUUCCACUCGAGUUGGGAGAGAUACCACUUCACAAAGUAUGAACAGUACUAGUGGAUCUAAUGGACUUCCAGCAAAGGGAGACUGCCUACCAAUGCUCUGUGAAGGGAAUCCACCUACAAUCAGAACAACCUGAAUUUCAGAAUCUAUAGAAAUCUACAGUGAAUUUUUCUAAACUCAAGAUUAUUGGGGGGGGGGGUGAAUCUAUAAGGAUAUUUAGUGAAAUAUGUGGGGCAUUUUCCCCACAAUGUUUUUUAUCAAUAAAAUGCCAAUAAAAGCACAUACAAGUGUUAUAA